AGCUUAUUUUUGGAUCAAUGGCUACGUAAAUAAGUAGAAUUGUCAAUUUUGGAGUGAAGAUCAGCCAGAAGAAUUGCAAGAGCUACCAAUGUAUUCAGAAAAGGUCACAGUUCGGUGCGGUUUAUGGGCUGGAGGUAUCAUUGCACCGCACUUCUUCAAAGAUGCUGCGAAUCGUAACCUAAAUGUGAAUGGUGAGCGCUACUGUGAAAUGAUAUCCAACUUUUUUUGCCCAAAAUGCAAGAGCUUAACUUGCAUGACAUGUAGUUUCAGCAAGACGGUGCCACAUGCCACACAGCACGCGUAACAAUGGACUUGUUGAGAGGCGAGUUCGGUGAACAUUUAAUUUCACGUGCGGGACCUGUCAAUUGGCCACCCAGAUCGUGCGAUAUAACGCCUUUAGAAUAUUUUUUGUGGGGCUAUGUUAAAGCUCAUGUCUAUUCAGACAAGCCUUCAAUUACCGCAUUGGAAGACAACAUUAAAUCAUUUAUAUGUGAGAUACCGGCCGAAACAUUGAAACGAGUAUGCCAAGCGGAUGGACCAUUUGAAGCGCAAUCGCGGUCAACAUUUGCAUGAAAUAAUCUUCAAACAUUAAAUUAUAUGGACUGUACUAUCGAUUUAAAUAAAAAUUUCAUGCAUUUUUCUGAAUUUUACGAGUGUUUUUUUGAAAAACUUCCUUAUAGCUCUUAAAAAAUCACUCUUUAUAUACAUACUUAUAUGAGACUUGUGCAAAACAAGCCAGGGGAAAUAAUAAAACAAAGAGAAAAAAUAUUUAAUAGAUGGCAAAAGAAACUUGAGUGAUCUUCUGAAUAUAGAAAAUGCAACAGAGUGCGGUCCAAAUUGUAUAAAUGAGACAAACUUAACAGUAGAAAACUUCAUGGAAGCUCCAGGUUGUAGCAAAGUAACAGAAAGUCUGAAAAAGUUAAAAAGUACUAAAAGCAACGGAAGCGAUCAAAUAAAUGCAGAACUUUUACAAUACGCCGGUGAAAUGCUCAAAAAUAUGAUGAAAUAAUUGAUAAACAAAAUUUUGAAAACUGAACGUCUACCAGAAGAAGGAUCAAUAGUUUUAUAGUACCAGUACAUAAUGAGGGCGGCCAAGGUUAGGUUAGGUUAAAUGGCAGCCCUAGAUUAGGGACAGAUAUUUAAAAAUUCGUCCGUUGUGAAACCAUACAGGGGAGAAGAGAAAGGAGAAGGGAAGGAAGAAGGAGCCUUGGGAUUAGAGACGAUGAUGACCACGCAUUUACGACUACGCCGACGGUGGCUUAUUUACGUUCGGAAUUAGCCGCAACAAGCUACUGAUGAACUUCACCAGAUUUGUGAUAUUUAGACCCGCUAUAUCCGCAGGCGUAGCGAGAAAAUGAGAGUCCAGAUGUUAAAUCCUUGCCAGACGGGAGCAGGGCAGCUGAGAAGAAGGUGUUGGGAGGAUUCCACCUCGUCCUCAAGGCAGCUUCUGCAGAACGGACUUGAGGCAAUCCCAUCGCAUAAACACCUAACGGGCAAAGUCCGGUAAAGAAUCCCACCAAACUCAAGAGUGCGGGGUUUGUUAGCCUUAGGAGUUCCCUCGAGCGUCCCCGAUCUACCCGUGACCAGAACGAUCUCGAGACCUUGCACAUUGCGCACUAGCCCAGCGCUCGCUUUCCAGGAGUAGACCACAGUUUCUUAAGGGAACCCCAAUCGUUUCAUUUCGCGACGGAACCGUCUGCAAAGUCCAGCCAGCUCAUCUGCCCAGCAGUUUCAGUGUAUGCCGCGACCAAACAAACAAACUAUAUUAAUUACCCAGGUAUAUCUUGCUACAUCUCUAAUAACAGAGGAGUAGGAAAAGCUCAGCCAAACACCCAAAAGAAAUAUACGCGCCAAUAAUUUAUUUAUUUAUGUCUUAAUUGUUAUAAAUCCUGAGGCAGGUUAAUUUUAAUAACCUAGCAUUUUGUUUACAAAAACAAACGAAAAACACCACGCAGCGUUAUUUUUCGCACCACAACAACUAACAUAUUUUUACAAGAUGGAAAACAACAACACAAAACAUUACACAAUCUGCCUUUCGCGAAUCCUAAGCUGCUAAAGUAUUGACCUCAAACAAGUGGCAAUCAAAAAGGUGUGGAAAAAGUUUACCGAUUGGAGGAACGGCGAUGAUUCAAAGCACGUGCUCUUCAAUUGCUGUUAUUUACUUAUCCCUUUUCACUCGCUGCUGCUAUUUUGCACAAUAGAGACAUGUUUGUGUGCAUUUACUUCGCUCUGCUAUUGACAGAAGAUUGACCUCGUGCACUUGAGAAUGGCUAAAAGGGGUCGACAAUCGAAGCAACUACUCCAGCACUCACCCUUAACCUAUAAUACACUCACUCUGGCAAACAACUUCGUGUAACUUACUUCGAUGGUGACCUACACACGAAGGCUGCACGCCUGGACAUGUACGCUUCUCGGUGGUUUACUCUUUCACGUGAAAUUCCAUACGAAUGCCGUCGCAGCCAAGUUAAAGGAUACUAAAGUGGCACCGUAAGCAGAUGAGAGCGGACACACAUAUUUUGUGAAGAGAGUAAAGUGAGAGCAGAGAGAGACUAAGUUUUGGCGAAAAUGUGAGAAAGCAAUAAUCCACGAAUGCUGGAAAACGUACGUAAAACAAUUGGAGGAAGUACAAAGUAGCGCAAAAGGUUGGCAGUAUUUCUGGCGCGUAGCUUGAAACGUCAAAUUCGACAAUUGUCAGACCAACGUUAGAGAGCGGGAGAAGAGUGAGAGAGAGAGAGAAAGAGGAUGGAGGGAGGGUAAGGGCGAGGGUGAGGAAGAGAAAGAGCGCUAAAACCAUACCGCACUCAUAACUAAUACUGGCAUUCAUACACUUCGAGCUACAAACAUUGCCACAAACAGCCAAUUGCAACAACACUAAUGCAUGCUGUUAUUUAAACUACUUUCACGAACAAUGCGCGCGUCGCCGAACGAGGAAGCGACGAGGCGCGUCGAUGGUAGCGACAGCCACCGUAGCCAUGCCGCAAGCCACGGAAGUAAACGUGAAGCACAACGAAGGAUAAAAGUAUGUGAAAAGUGUUAAAGUUGAAUUAUUGAGAAGCGGUAGUGUAUUACAAAGUGGCAGAGGAAAUAUGAGAAGUAGUGCUGCGCUCUUUCUCGUCGUUGUCGGCGCCUUUUUUGUUGUUUGGACUGCCUAACUGCCUAAAUGGUGUAAGUUCGGUCGUUCGGUUGGUUGCCUAGCUGGUUGGUUUGGUCUGUCGGCUUGCUGUGACUUACUGACUGGUUAUGUGAAGCGAACUGAAGUUGCUGAUUUUUAUUUGUUGUUUGUUCCCAAACGAAUGAAGUGAACUGACGCUGUGCUGUGCUGUGCUGAGCUGAGCUGAACUGAACCGAAUUGUGUGAACCGUAAGCGUUGACGUGAAACCAUGCAAAUGUCGUGUCUUCAAGAGUCGCUAGCCACACUAACCGAUUUAAGUUUCCACCGUUUAAGCGAUUGUAAGGGUGUGUGCGUGUGUGAAUUGCUGCUGGCGCCGUAAAGAUUCGAAAUUCUGAAAUCAUUAAUACGAAUUUUGAAGAAUCAAAGUGAAGUGAAUAAAGCGUAGCGUAACAUAAUUGAGGAAUUUGAAAGGAGCCGAAUAUUUUGGAGUGCGUAACACUAACUAAAAGUGGUUUGAAAGCUGUUAAUAGCCAGAUUUUUUAUAGAAGCAAAAAAAAAAAAGAAACCGAAAAUCUCCUAACAAAGAAAGCUUUCGUAGACGCACAAAACGAAUUAAUUUUAUUAAAUGCAUACGUCGAAAACAAUAAAAAGCCUUUUAAAGAAUACUCAAAAAAAAAACAUUUCUUAAACGCCUAAAAGUAUGCAACACAAAUGCGCCGUGAUGCAACGAGUUUAGUGAGUUUGCCAAUGUGUGUGUGAAGAAAAGUUUAACAAAAAAAAAUAAAGGCAAUAACUCCGCAAAUGCAAAAAUGUACAAUAAAAUGGCUCCACUGCAAGACCAUGUGACAACGCCUAAGAGCAUGCAACGUAAAAGGGAAUUUAAAAAAAUCUGACCUUGCAUCAGUUGCUAUGUAGGCUAAAGAAAUGUGUGUGAGAGUUGAUCUUUUAUUUUGCUAUGUUUGAAAAAAGAAGCAAAUAACAACGAAAAUUUGAGAUUAUUUAAAAAAACGUACAAUAAUGCUUAAAAAUAAACUGCCUUCGUAUGCUUAGUGCUUAGUAAUAGCUUAGUUAAAUGGGUGCUGGCGCGGCACCGAGAUAAUUGUGACAUUUAUUGGACAUUUCACUACUGUGGAUGCGAAUUUUUCAACCUCUAAUGCAAAAAAUGUGAAGGAAAACGUAAAACAAAUGAAAAUCAAAUACAAGUAAAAAUAUUAGCAGUGCGCACCCAGCUCAUUUAGCAAAUAGAGCAAUUGCUGUGAUACCAAGUGGCUUAUAUGAAUACAAAUAUUUAUUAAAAUUAAGUUUGACACGCAAAGUUUAUACUCAUCGAAGCAUUUUUGGUUAAGUUUAUAAAAAUUUCCAAAAAAUAAGAAUAAAACAAAAGUUUUCCAGGCUAAUAGCGAAAAAGGCAAUGACAUCACGCAGCAUUGCUAAAAUAAAUAAACUGAGAGUUAACAGCAUAAGCAAAUAAAUUGAAUAAUUGCACAAAAAAGUUAAAACAAUAACUCCAAGUUGUACAUCGAAAUCUGUUCACAAUAGUUAUGCGUGUAGUUAUACAAAAAUGCAAUAGCACGAAAAUAUAUUGUUCAAAUUUCUCACAAACAAACGAGGCACAGUUAUGCGAAAGAAAAAUGCAAAAUACCGCUAAUUUAAUUAAGAAUUAAAAACAAAAGUCUUAAUACUAGCUAAAAUAUUAAACAUUUCAAUGUGCACAGUCAUAAUAAAACUACUAUUAACAAUAAUAUUCUGCACUUGUUGCAAAAUAAACGGAAAAACGCAUUUUUGUAAACUCACCACACCGUGGUGAAUAUAUUUUUUGACACAACAACUGGUAUAGCAUCACGCUGUGCUACACGCCGAACACAGAAUACAUUUUUCUUCACAUUCUAUAUUAUAUUAUAUUAACAAACAUAAAUACUCACCACGAUUGGAAAAUUACGAAUUGUGCAAAAAAUUUAAUGUAAAACUGUAAUUCGCAACCCACGCUUUUUACAAUUCUACAGCUUGUAAGCAGCAACCUUUACCAGCAACAAAUAUAUCUAAGUAAAAAAAAUGUAUCCGAGUUUACUCUUUGAAAUUGCACAACAUUUAAUAAAGUUGCAAGCGAGAAAGAAGCGGUGGGAAAGAAUAUGUCAGUAACGUAAAUGUGAGUAAUGUAAUGGAAAGCGCAAAAUUUGAUACUUUGAUAAAACUCACCACACUGCUGUUAGCGUUCAAAAAGAGAACACAACUAAAGCAAAGCUAUUAAGCUAUAAACGAUUAGUGAAUCUGCAACCGAAUGCAUCAAAGGCUAAUAAUUUAUUGUCGAGUGUGUACAAAAACUCACCACCACUGGUAAAGUGCAUAAGUAAUCAAUAAAACAACUGUUGCGUACAUUUAUAGUUCGCUUACAAUUUAUUAACAUAUGUGCGGUAGAAUAUUGUUGUUUUACUAAAACUCACCACUUUCUGGUGCCGAAGAUACACGUGACAAGUUUUAGAUUAAAAACACUAGAAUGAAUAUUAUAUCUGGUUGAGCAAUAAACGCCUCUACUGACAACCAAAUACGUUCGAGUAUUUUUAAAAUAUCAGCAAUGCACUGUGGUAUAAUGAGAUAAUUAUACAAAAAAUAGCUAAUAAAAUAAAUAUACAGUACAGUUAAUAUAACAAAAUUUAUUAAAUGACAAACACACAGUUUUGAGACUCACAGGAGAAUUUUAAAAUUUUUAUUAAGCGUGAAAAUAAUUUCUAACAAAUAAGUGGAUUUCGACAACUUCAAACAAACAGAAAAGUAAUUUGUGGUCAGCCAUGUGAUAAUGGUGUAAGUUGUUGAGAAAAUUGCGUUUACAGGCUUUUUUAAAUUUUCACCACGAAACUUUGGUGAAAAACUUUCUCUUCAUGAAGAAAAAAAAACUUGUAGUUAUCGUAUUAUAAAUAAGAAAAAUCGAAGAUUGUGCAAAUUUAUUUGAUAAAACAACUUUCUGAAAGUAUCAGCUGAAACUCACCGCGCUGCUAUUUAAACAAUUGCAUACAAAAAUAUAUGAACUAUUUUUUAAGGCUUCAAACAGACUCACUCGCUUUCAAAUUAACUGUUGAUUAAAAUAAAACUUGUUCACAACACACCAUAGCGCUGUGGGGAAUUCUGAAAAUAGAGUUUGCAAUAUGAAGCUUCCAAAGGCACUAUGAAAUAAGGAAAAACGCAAAAUAUUUCAACUUAGCGCUUAAGCAGUAAUCAUUUUCAAACGGUUUCAAAGCUAACUGCACUUUUAAAAAUAGCAACAAGCAUCAAAAGAAAAAAAUAAACAAUUAAUUAAUUUAAAAAAAUGUCCAGCAUUAUUGAAAAACGCAAUGUCUAAUACAUAUGCAUACAUACAUAUUAAAGAAUUAGCCUAAGAGCUUCAAGGAAAUUUAAAUAUCAAACAAAAAUAUCAACAAAAGAUUUGUAACGCACAGCACUGCAUAAAACUCACCUCACUCUGAUUCGAAUCCUCGUUGAGAAACCGCCAACAACCAACUCACCAUGGGCUCACAUGGUGCCGGCGCGUGUGAUUGUUGUGGCGGAGGCGCGGGUGGAGCAUCCUCCACAGCUAGCAACAACGGCAAUAACGACGCGCCGCAGCGGGUACAGCAAGCGGACAAUGUCAACAACAGCCCGCAGCGCCAACGCCAACAAGGCCAACAAGGCCAACACGAGCAAGAGCAGCAACAGGCGCCACACAUGCUUGGGGCUGCUGCCGCGUUGCAUUUGCGACGCGAGCGGGAUCCGCCACAGUUGCCGCCAUUACCCAUUGCACCGAUAAUGCCGCCACGCCCACCAGCUGCACAGCCACAACCACAACAUCGCUUAGGCGUGCCUGCCGUAGCCAUAAUUGCGCCACGCGGCAGCCGUCACUUGCAAUCGCAGGACUCGCAGAACAACAACAAUAACUUAUUUGGGGGCGCCGAACACUCUAAUCAAACUCAACACGCCAGCAUCGCAAACUAUAUUAACCAGGUGAAUUUGCAUAUGAAUCUCACCAACAACAAUAACAAUAAUAACACCAACAAUACUGCUGGCGGUGGAGGCACCUAUGGUGGGGGCAACAACAAUAACAUGCUGAGUGUCAGCGCGACCACCAGUAGUGGCCAGCACAACUACAACAACAAUCACAUAUAUGUAAAUCCGCACUCAUACGACAUGCAAGCGGCGAGCGGCGCCACACCGCGCUUGCAUUACAACAACAAUGCCACCAAUAUGACCACCAGCACCAAUAACAACAAUGUCAACAACAGCAACAACAUGCACUCGAACACCAAUACUAACACGAAUAACAGCAACACGAGUACCUCGCAACGCACCACCGCCACCGGUUCGACAGCGGUCGCUCUACCACCGCAACCGCCACCGACACACGCACAAACACAGCCACCGCCACAGAUCACCACCACUGGCGUUGGACCGCCCGGAUUCGAUUGGCAUUUCACAAAUGGCAGUAGCACCGCUGCCGGUACAUUUGGCGGUUUCGAGCUAACGCGCCAGUUCACCUCCUCCACACUGAGUACACUCAAUACAUAUCUAUUUCCCUGUGGUGCCGAUUCGGCUGGCACCAUUGGCGGUGUAACGCUGAAUAGCGGCAGCGGUUCAUGCGAUUUGGACAGCAACUUCAGUCAGAUGGUCGCAGGCAGCGAAGGUGGCGCAAGCUCUACCUUCAGCACGGGUCUGGGAUUCAUCAACAAACGUCGCAUACGUCGCCUCUUCGGCGUGGGUACACCCGAUUAUCGCUGCACAGGCGCCAACGCCGCAGCCGUACGCAGACGUAGUUCACCGCUGGUGCAAUUUCAAACUGCCGCUUUGGCGAAGAAGAAGCAGCAACAAAUGGAACGAGAAGCGACUGUCGCUUCGGCGAAUGCGGCACUCUUUGAGCAGAAGAAGAAGAAAAAGAAAGAGAAAAAGAAGACGCCCGGACCGCCACCACAAGUGCGCGCGCAAGCAUCGCGUCAAAUGGAGGAUCCGAUGAUGAAUCGGCCACGCCGCAAUAACACAGCGACCACUAAGAAAGACAGAGAGAAGGAACAGCUGGAAUUUCAAUUGAAGAUCUUACAACAGCUGCAACAACAGCAAUUGCAGAAGCAACAACAACAAGAUGUGGAACUGGCUUUGGAUUAUACAUAUGAGAAGUACCCACUGAAAAAACAAUUUGCGUUAAUUUUUCCAAAGCACUUUUGCAGCGCGCCUACACGUUUGAUAGAAAAAAGCAAAUAUUUGAUAGAAAAAAAUUUUGAAAAAUUUAGCAAUAAAAGCAAAAGUAUUUUUGCGCCAGCUUUGUUAUUUGUUUUAUUUCAUUGUUUCUUUGUUUUUCAGUGCAAAAUCAACCGCAGUAAGCUUGACUUAGUCGUUGCGUUAUCCUUGUGUUACUCGCGCACACAGCUAUGGUACAUAAAUAUAUAUUUUGCUUUGGUUUUUGCGUGACGUCUUUGGUUUAUGUUUAUUUUGCUUUUGAUGCAGCGAAAAUAUUUGUAUAUACUCGUGCAACCGUAUGCCAGAACACUAUUUUAGUAGCAUAUACUUUUACAUAUAAAUAUAAAUAUUUAUGUCUUACACAAAUUGUUUUUUUCUUUUAUUCACAAACCAAAAUGUUCGAGCAAAUUUUCAUUGGUUGCUGCCACCUUUAUGUAAAAAUGGCUUUUAUGUUUAUUACCGUAUGCCUUUUUUGUAUUACAUACUCGUAUAUGGCUAAAUAUUUAGAUGGCAACUAAUUAACUAUAGCGCAAUUCCUUGCCAAGGGAUCCAAAUUUCAUGCCGAGUUUUUUAAAGAGUUUUGGUUGUUUUAUUCUUUAGGACAAAAUAUGGUGUACUUAAAAAAAAAAACUAUUU